AUGACAGGGCCGCCGUCCUCUUCCUACCCCAGCCAGGUCCCGCCGCCAGCCGCCGUGAUUUCUCCGGAAAACGAGGAGAAAAGCUCCGGUUUUGACAGAAACUUCGCCGGCUUCGUUCUCCGUCGUCCGGCCACCGAUUCCGACAACGUAGGCAACUCGAUUUACGAAUUGGAUUUCGGUCGGAUUUCGAGGGGAGAUUCCGGCCACUUCCGGAGUCUUGAGCCGAGAUUUGGAGAUUUUCCGGCGAAGGGUAAUCGCUUUGGACACCCACGCGCUGCCGGCGCGUGUGGCGACUCGUGGGCACUGUAG